UGUUAUUAAAUUACUCUUUCAGAUGAGUAUAUGGCACAAGGAGAUAAAAAUGUGUUUACAGAUUUGGCCAGAGAAUACAGCAUGAAUCAUCCAACUAUGCAUUUAGGAAGUUUUACUUGUGCAUCUCAAAGUUACAAUUUUCCGGGUGGUAUUGUUCAAGCUUCUAAUCUACAUAGCCACCAUGGAAGUUAUAUGGAUUAUGUUUAUAAUAAAACAGAAGGCUAUGACUUGGAAAUAUUUGCUGACUGUUGUGCUUAUCACACACCUGAAGAGAUGGCUCAGAUUUGGUUAAAUCACAAACCUCCAUU